CAAUGAUUUUGCAAUAAGUUGGCAGGCUUUGCAACACGUGCGAACCGUAAACAAAAUGCAUUUGAUGUAAUUUCACAAGCCUGUUGCUUGAAUUAAUAAUAAAAAUGUCGCGUAUUAUUGUCAAACAACUGCCCAAGCAGAUAAGUGAGGAUAAAAUACGCAAUAUAUUCGGCGCCAAGGGGACGAUCACAGAUCUGCAGUUAAAAUACACGCCCGAUGGCAAAUUUCGGCAAUUCUGUUUUGUGGGCUACAGCAGCGAGGCGGAGGCACAGGCGGCCAUUAAACAUUUCAACAACACCUGCAUACAGACGAGCCGAGUGCGUGUGGAAUCCUGUGCAGCGCUUGGCAGCGAGGAGAAGCCCCAAUCCUGGAGUAAAUAUGCCAAGGAUAGCAAACAUAAUCUGGACAAACUGAAGGCGGCACAGCCAGUGGCAGCGAAAAAAGCCGACGAGAAGAGAGGGAAGACAAACAAAGUUGAAGAAAUUCUGUCCAAGCACAAAGAUGAUCCGGCUUUUCAGGAGUUUAUGCAAGCGCACGAUAAGACGCGUUCGCUUUGGGCCAACGAUGCGGGCAUUGUUGCGGCUCAGUCUGACGAUGAGACUGUCGACGCCCAGCCAGACAAUAAUGACAAACUAACAGAAAUGGGAGUUGAUGAUGAUGAUGAUGAUGAUGAUGUUGCUGCUGCUGAAGAGCAAGAGCAAGAGCAGGAAGAGGAAGACGACGCAGUUAAACUAGCUGAGAAGCCCAUUAGUGACAUGGAGUAUAUGAAAUCUCUGAUGGCAGGCAAAACCCAACCCAAGCCCAGUGCGCAGCAAGACGCCAAAGCGAAAGCGAAAGCCAAACAGGAUAAAUCCGAUCUGCAGCUGUUCACCAUCAAGAUUCACAAUGUGCCAUAUAAAACCAAACGGCAAGACAUAAUCAAGUUUUUCAAGCCUCUUAAACCGUAUUCGGUGCGCCUGCCCAGCAACGUGCACGGCUUCUGUUAUGUGGGCUUCAAGACCGAGCGUGACAUGGCCAAGGGCAUGAUGAAGAACAAGAGUUUCAUCAAAGGCAAGCAGGUGUUCUUUUCCGAUUUUACCGACAAGAAUAAGGUGACUAAGGCGAAAAAGUCCGGUGAAGCUCUGGAUGCGGAUAACACUUCGGCAGCCACCGGCAAUGCCAAGUGGAAGCAACAACAGGAUAGCUUGAGCCAUGAGGAGAACAUAUCGGAAUCGGGUCGUAUAUUCUUUCGCAAUUUGGCCUACACCACCACCGAGGAGGAGCUACAAAAGCUAUUCGAGCCAUUCGGGCCAAUAGUCGAGAUCAAUCUGCCCGUGGAUAAGCUGACGCGUCAGAUCAAGGGCUUUGGCACGGUGACUUUCAUGAUGCCCGAGCAUGCAGUGAAGGCCUUCAAUGCGCUCGAUGGCAACGACUUCCAUGGUCGCCUGCUCCAUCUGCUGCCCGGCAAGGAGCUGGACAAUGCCCAGGAGGACGUUGAGGACAAUGAUGCUGGUCUUUCGUUUAAGGAGAAGAAAGCACUGAAGCUGAAGCAGAAUGCACAGAAGCCCAUUGGCUGGAAUACGUUGUUCCUAGGCGCCAAUGCCGUUGCCGACCUGCUGGCCAAGCAGUUCAAGACGAGCAAGGAGCGCAUUCUAGACACCAGCGAAGGUGGCAGCAGUGCAGCCGUUCGACUGGCACUCGGGGAAACUCAAAUCGUUGUCGAAAUGAAAAAGUUUCUUGAGGAGGAGGGCGUACGGCUCAGCGCCUUCGAUGAGCCCACGCAGAAACGCUCCAAGACUGUGAUAUUGGUCAAGAAUUUGCCCGCUGCCACCGAGGUGGCUGAUCUGUCGCCGAUCUUUAGUAAAUUUGGUCCCAUCGGACGCAUCGUGUUGCCGCCCAGCGGCGUCACCGCACUCAUCGAGUACUGUGAGCCCUCGGAGGCGCGACAAGCAUUCAAAAAGUUAGCCUUCAGCAAAUUCAAAAAUGUGCCGCUCUAUCUGGAAUGGGCGCCAGAGCAUACGUUUACCAAGACACUAAACGGCGAGGCUAUCAUACCCAAAACGGAGCCCACGUCAGAGCCGGAGCUGAAGACGGAGAAGGAAAAGGAGCAGAAGGAUCCCGAUCCCAGUCCCAAUGCGGAACCUGUGGCAGAGGAUGCCUAUGAUGAGCCCGAGCCAAAUACGACCAUAUUUUUGCGUAAUCUUAACUUCAAGACUGUGGUACCAACGAUACUCGAGCACUUUCAACACUUGGGCACUGUCCACACCAUCGAGAUAGCCAAGCGCAAGGAUCCACAGAAUCCCAGACAGUUGAAUUCCUUAGGCUAUGGCUUCAUACAGUUCAAGCGGGCAGCCGUUGCCGCCCAGGCUCUAAAAGACAUGCAGCUGACCAAAAUCGAUGGCAAUCUGGUGGAGCUAAAGCGCAGUGAUCGUGUUCUCAAGGUCCAAGAUGAUGGAGCACGACGUCGCCAGGUGGCACAAAAGAGACAGACUGGCACCAAGAUUCUAGUACGGAAUAUACCUUUCCAGGCGCAUUAUCGCGAGGUGCGCGACAUCUUCAAAGCGUUUGGGGAGCUGACCUCGCUGCGAUUGCCCAAGAAGAUGACGCCCGGCGAGGAUGCGCAUCGUGGCUUUUGCUUUGUCGACUACACCACCAAGGCGGAUGCGAAGCGCGCAUUCGAUGCACUCAGCGCUAGCACCCAUUUGUAUGGGCGCCGCCUGGUGCUGGAGUGGGCCAGCAAUGAGGAUCAACAGGAUGUGGAGGAGCUGCGCAAGCGUACAGCAGCCAAAUUCGAGGGCAAUCAGGAGGCCGUCGAGGCCAAGCGCAGCAGACGCGCCUUCUUCGAUGUGGAGAGCAGCAUGCCACAGCAGCCGGACGACAACGAGGACGAUGAAUGA